AAAUACUUUUGAUUAAAUUUUUAUCUUCUUUUGACUUCAAUUAAGGGCAAAUAAAUAAAUAGACCCCAAUGCUUGUGAUUAUAAUGAGCGGAUUAAGGGGCGUAUACGUUACUUGAUUGUGUAGAAAAAUGCAAUUUAUAAUUGCUUAUAAACAUUAUUUUAUGGCGGACUUUAAGUAUCUGUGACUUUGAGGUUUUUCUCGGUACCGCAUAAAUUAUAUUGUACAUAUACUUAACAAUGUCUUAAUUUAUAAAUUAUGGAUGCAAAGUGCUGACGUAUAAUGGAUGACAAUAAAAGCUAAAAUAAAUAUUUUUAAUUUUUAUCUCAUCGAGUUGUAUAUUCCAGCGAUUUCUUCACACCACUACAGACCGGGGAGUUCUUGUCAAAUAAAUUUAAAACUUUUCAUUAUUUUUUUUGGUAACAUGCUUUUUAUGUGUAUAUCGUUUUUGUGUGUGUUUGUUUCAGAUAGUUUGUCGGUCUAGUGACUUAUUACUUUCGCGGCACAUAAGAUCUUCUUAUAUAAAUCCCAAUGAAUAUAAGACUAAGAAUAUUAAUAAUGUUAUGGAAGAUGAAACAGACAAUUAUCGCUUCAUUUCACAUCAGCAACAACAGCGACUACAAUCUCCAAAUCGACAAGCAUUAAACAGAUCUAAUAAUGCUAAUCUAACAAAUGUAGAUACUCUAAUAUCAAAUAUAUUUGUAACAGACAAUAGCUCGAAUGGUAUUAUAAUAUUUAAUAGAACAUUCAGUGGCUAUAAAUCACCGAGAAAUCAUGACACUCACAUUAAUCCACUUUUUGUUGAGAGAUCAACUCAGCAAAUACCGUCAUUCAAGGAACCUAUUCUGGCUCAUCCACCUAGAAGUCAGCAAGGACCAAUAAUCUUCAAAGAUCCACCCAGUAGCGAUACACCUACAUGUAAGGAUGACUUACAUGCUGCUAAGCCAUUUUGUACGGAAGUUCGCAAUUAUCCUGAUUUGAGUAAUUUCGAAUCAAAAUUAUUGGAUGAAUUUUCCAAACUUCAAUUUUUCUUUUCGGAUGAGCUUGUGCAACCUCAAAAUGUACAACAACGCAUAAAUAUCGGUCCAGAUGAGAGUUUCUUCUGUACUAGUGAAGAGAAAAUUAUAUUUCCAAAAGCGCAACUCUCAAAAAAUAACGAAUUAUUGUUCAUAGUAAAUGAUAAUGACAAAUUUAAGCAGGGACUACGUGUGGAGCUAUGUUCGAAUGAAGGUAGCAAAUGCAAGUAUUCCGAUUCCCUACCGAAUGGUGUGAAGGCAACCUGUAAGCAAAAUCAUAUCUAUCGUGCACUGGUAGCCAUCACUCCAAAUGGCACUGUUGUAACAGAUCAGUUCAAAGUGCCGUCCUGUUGUAAGUGUAUCCUGAAGGAAGUUCAUUAAGCUUACGUUAUGAACUCACCGCAGUUUAUGUCUACGUAACUUUGUACGAUUUUAUGAAUCACACCCACCCGCAACAGGAUGGCAGGCCAAACUGUCAAGGGAAUAUCC